AUGAAUGUGUUCAUUCUAGGAUUCUUACUUCUCAUCAUUGCACCUGAAAAUGUGAUAACGCAGAAAUAUGCGUAUGUAUCUGUGCUGUCAUCGAAUGAUUUUCUGAUUCCUGCAAAAGUAUUAGGUGAGCGAAUGAGACCAUUUUUUGAGUUCUGUAUAACAUAAACUCUACGUCUCGACAUGCUUGAGCAUGGAAUUUUCUGGUCUCUUGUUCAAAUACGCAAACAAGAGGCCUGCUUGCUCACAACGUUCAUUGGUGUUUUUAGCUUAUCGGCUAAGGAAGUUGAAUUCAUCCAUUCCUUACAUAAUAGUUGUCACCGAAGACAUUCUGCCCGAAUCCGUCAAGGAACUCGAAGAAUGUGGAGUUCAAGUUCGGAAUGACACAAAAAUUGAUACACCUUAUAUCAAAACGCAUAAAGAUAGGAAGUUCCAAGUAAGUAAAAAUUGCCAAGUUGAGUCGGGGAUCAAAUCCAACCAAUUGUGUUCAGUAUACAAAAAUAAGGCUGUGGACGAUGACGGAAUUCGACGUCAUAGUCCAUCUAGACCUGGAUGUACUGCCAACUCGAGACAUUUCUUCAUUAUUUGAAUGUGGAUCAUUCUGUGCAGUUUUCCGACAUUCCGACAUGUUCAACUCAGGAGUUUUCGUUCUAAAGACUAAUGAAACGGUACAUUCACCUUACAUUUUGAAAUAUAAAACUUAGCAAGUUCCCUGCAGGUUUUCCAGGAUAUGGAACAGAAAGUACAAACUGCAGUUUCUUACGACGGGGGUGACCAAGGAUUUCUCAAUACCUACUUCAAUGAUCUCAAGUACGCGCCCAUGUACGAGCCCACACGCAAAGACUCUUACUGUCACAAUUUUACCAUGAAACGGUUGUCAGCUAAGUUCAAUUAUGACAUUGGAAUGUACUAUUUGAACAAUGGAAGAUUUCUUGUGGAUCCAGAUAUCAUUCAUUAUACUAUGGGUCCGACAAAACCGUGGCUAUGGUGGACAUAUCCGUUGUUUGAUCUCAACUGGAUUUGGCUAGAUGCAAGGUAAAUUUCAUUUAUACACGCCUGGACAUAAUUAUAAAGCCACUUUUUUUGCGUUGUUCUUCAGAACCUAAAGUGAUACCGACAUGGGUCUUUCAGACAGUAAUCCAUGCCAGGAACCCCACAAAAUGAUAGAAAAAAACCGGACAGUGCAGUUGAAAAAUUCCGGGAAAACAUUUUUCUGGAGAACAACGCAAAAAUAGAGUGACUUUAUAAUUCUGUCUAGGUGUGCAGUGAACUUUUCUCAUCCAUUUUUUUAUUAUUUUUAGGCAUGAAAUGGAACAAGGAUCAAGUACCGACAUCGAUACUUGUAUAGCUCUUGCUGCAGCAAAUUUUGUUCUUAUUCUGAGUCUAGUCGUACUUAAAUUUGUACGUUUGACUGAUUUUGUGAAAGCAAGUUUCGCAACUUGUUUUUUCAGAGUGUUGAACGUUUUGUACCCGUAAGUUCCACAAUAAAGCCAGCAAGUAGUAAGGAGAGUCAUCUAGUCGCCCAUCUGAUUUUUUUGUUUUCUUCUUAUUUGGCGGUAAAAUUGGCUUACCCAUCCGCUGCUCCAGUUGCAGCAUGGCUCUUCUACACUUCAAACACGGUAAGCUUCCUGUACCACUAAAAUCUCUACCACGAAGCUUCAAGUUUUUUCUAUACGACUCCUAUUGAAAGCUUGUCACUUGGUCCCUAAAUAGUUUUUUACCCAGCCCAACCAUGAUCUGAACAUGAACAUCAACCCUGAAAAUGUUUAAUAAUUUUUCUCUAACAACAUUCCAGGCGUGGACGGCAACCAUCUUAACAUCAAUUUACACUCGUCUGCGCUCAAAUGCCACAGUCACCAUGAAAUCUCUUAUCUGUUCCGUUGUUUUUGUGUUUCUCUGUCAUUCAUUGUGCUGGUUACUCGUAGUGGAAAUCGCACACUUUAACACUAGAGUCCUAGCUGCAAUAUUCUCAAUCGUCGCCCAGCAGUUGCUUGCCGCCGUCUACAUUUGGCACAGUCUGAUCCUCAAGCCGUGUUACAACCAUCAUAAGUAUCAUAUCCUUCCCAAUGAUCAACAUUGCGCAUAA